AUGGGGGAACAGGCGAAGGUGGACCUAAUACGGUUCUGGAAGUGGUUGCGCUAUCUCAUCGUGGACGAGUACUCCAUGAUAGCGAAAGCGUUCCUUGCCCUGCUAUCCCGCAACAUAACGAUUGCCAAGGGGCAGCGUCCUGGGGAAGGAAGCAGCCCAUCCGAUCGAUUGUACCACCCCUCAAGCCCAAAGGACACGCCUCUGAUGCAGGCUGGGCGCCAGAUCUACGAGGAGUUCGAUACGGUUGUGGUUUUGAAGGAGCAGAUGCGGGUGACGGACGCCGGGUGGAAGGACUUCCUGCACCGCCUGCGUUAUGGUCGGAAUACUCACGGCGACAUGGAGAUGCUUGACACGCUUCGUCCAUACCUUGUGACGCCUCGGCACGCUGUCAGGCGCCAGUGGAACGAGGCAUCUUUGCGGGAGCAUUGUGCGAGGACGGGCAGACGGCUCUUCAUAUGUCCUGCCGAGCAGACGGUGCCCGGUGGUCGGGCACUCAAUCUCUGGGAGAGGCACGAGCUUGCGAGUCACAGCGGGCGAGGGAGCCGCAAGAGGCGAGGCGAACUGCCCCUCGAGGUGGAGAUUGCCGUUGGUGCGCAGGUGCUGGUGACCCGCAACGUUGAAACAGAUCUUGACAUCACCAACGGGGCGCGGGGCGAGAUAGUAGGCAUUGUCGUGGCAGAGGACGAGCCGGACUUUGGCACUGCAACGGUGGUCCGCUUGCAAAAGCAGCCUCUGUACACCUACCGACCGGUGUCGUGCCGAUUACCCCGAUAUCGCAGCCUCCCUUCCGCGUGA